UUGGGCUCUCUGCUUUGUAUGAUGUGGUGAGUCUGGUGCGCCUGCUCUCAUCCAUCCAUCCAUCCAUCCUCACCCACAUUCUCUCAAAUCCGCCUCCUGCGUUUUGAUUGGCUAGCCUCCUUUGUUGCUAUUGGCUACUAGUGCCCCGCCUCCUGCUUUAUAAUUGGGUAGAGUUGUCCCACCUUCUGUUCUGCUGGCCAGUCGUAGUCCAGUAGGCGUGGUUUAUCGGAAUGCGGGCGGGAAAAAAGCGCAUCUCGCGCGUACCUCGUUAUAAUGUCUAGCCAGCUCGCGCGGAGUCUGGAGAGAAGAGGCGCGCGGCGCGCUGAGUGAGUGGAGACUGGGCGCGCGGAGUGGCUCGAGGGCGUUUCUAUCAUCCUCAUCACCGAGAGCAGCAGUUUGGUCUUUCCGUUUCACCGGCACCGGGGACCGCAGAGAUGGUGGCGCGCGCGGUGCGUGCGUGUUUCCGCGCGCUUUCGUGCGUACUCGCGGUUGUGUGCGGGAUGAUAGCAGCGUUUAACCUGGACCUGGACAAACCGUCGGUGUACAGUGGACCUGAGGGCAGCUACUUUGGCUACUCUGUGGAUUUCUACCACCCAACACAGGACAGGAGCGCAUUGGCAGUGCUGGUCGGGGCGCCUAAGGCCAACACCUCCCAGCCUGGAAUAGUGGAGGGCGGGGCAGUUUACUACUGCCCCUGGCCAUCGUCCCAGCCGGACUCCUGCCGCCAGAUCCCCUUCGAUAAAGCAAAUAACCGGAUGAUUAAGGUGAAUGGAACGAGAGAGCCUUUGGAGUUUAAGUCCCAUCAAUGGUUUGGAGCCACGGUCCGAACACACAGGGGCAAAGUUGUGGCCUGCGCUCCUCUGUAUCACUGGAGGACAGUGAAGAUGAGCAGUGAGAUGGAUCCAGUGGGAACCUGCUAUGUUGCUGUGCAGAACUUCAGCGCGUAUGCAGAAUAUUCCCCCUGCAGAACCAAUAAUCCGGACCCUGAGGGACAGGGCUUCUGUCAGGCUGGCUUCAGUGUGGACUUCACCAAGGAGGGGACGUUAGUAGUUGGAGGACCGGGCAGCUUCUACUGGCAAGGUCAAGUCAUCACUGCAGGAGUAGCAGAGAUUUUAAAUGGCUAUUCUCUGAAGGCUGUUCUCCGAAAAGUGCAGGGAGAAAAACAGACAGGCGCCGCGUCGGAUGCCUAUGACGACAGCUACCUGGGAUACUCUGUAGCGGUUGGGGAAUUCACUGGUGAUUCACAGCAAGAGGGAAUUGCUGGGGUACCACGAGGAGCGCAGAGCUUCGGUUAUGUCGCUGUGAUUAACUCCACAAAUCUGACCUUCAUUCAGAAUUUCACUGGAGAGCAGAUGGCCUCAUAUUUUGGAUACACUGUGGCAGUGACUGACCUGAAUGGAGAUGGGUUGGAUGACGUUCUGGUGGGAGCUCCUCUCUACAUGGACCGCGAGUUUGAGAGUAAGCCGCGGGAAGUGGGCAGAAUUUAUCUUUACCUGCAGGAGGACGCGCUCCUCUUUUCUCCUCCCAUCACUCUGACCGGUACACAUGUGUUUGGACGCUACGGCAGCGCCAUCGCUCCACUCGGAGAUGUCAACCAGGAUGGCUACCUGGAUGUGGCAGUGGGAGCUCCGUUUGCAGGUGAUGACCGCAGAGGACUGGUGUUUAUCUAUAAUGGUCAGCGCUCUGGCCUGAAGCUGAAGGCCUCUCAGGUCCUUAGCGGAGCUUGGGCCUCGUCUGCAAUCCCGGCAGGAUUCGGGUUCACCCUGCGUGGAGACUCCGACCUGGACGGCAACCAGUACCCCGAUUUGAUUGUUGGUGCCUUUGGAGCAGGCAAAGUGGUGGUGUACAGGGCGAGGCCGGUGGUGACUGUGGACGCUCAACUGCUCCUGACUCCCCAAAUCCUCAACCCGGAGGACAAGUCCUGCCACAUGCCCAACUCUGACAUUAUAGUUCCCUGUCUGAGAGUAGAUGUGUGUGCCAAAGUCUCUGGCAUUGGGAUCCCAGACAGAGUUGCUGUGAGUAUGGAGCUGCAGUUGGAUUGGCUGAAGCAGCGGGGGGCUGUGAAGCGGGUUCUGUUCCUCGACUCCCACCAGCACCACCGAACCCUGCAACUGCUCCUAGGCCAACAGGACCGCCGCCGCUGCCUCAACCACACCAUCUAUCUGAGGGACGAAGCGGAGUUUAGAGAUAAGCUGAGUCCUAUCAGUGUGGCUCUGAACUACAGCCUGGAUCAGACGGCCCCACUUCCCGGCCUGCAGCUACAGCCCAUACUGGACCACUACAGCAUGACUUUCCAUCAAGAACAGGCAAACAUCCUGUUGGACUGCGGAGACGACAACAUGUGCAUCCCAGAUCUAAAGCUCUCUGCUAAAAUGGACCACACUGAGCUCGUCAUCGGCGACGACAACCCACUUCUGCUCACCAUCAACGCAGCCAAUCACGGUGAGGGAGCAUAUGAGGCGGAGUUACAGGUGCGGCUCCCUCCAGAGGCGGACUACAAUGGUAUGGAGCGCCGGCGAGAGGACCUACAGAUUCUCAAUUGCGAGCACAGGGUGGAAAACGAAUCCCAGGUGGUGGUGUGUGAUCUGGGGAAUCCUAUGCCAGCCGGAGCAAAUGUGUCCAUUGGUUUGCGGUUCUCUGUGAGGCGUUUGGAGGACGCUGAUGCUCACAUUGGCUUUGAACUGCAGGUGCUCAGCUCCAAUAAAGACAAUUCGAAGAGUAACCCUGUGAAUUUGACUUUGAACGUUGUUGCAAGAGCGGACGUGGAUAUCAGAGGUGUCUCUCUACCAGCUCAAGUGGUUCUUCCAUUCCCUCGCUGGGAGCCUAAAGAGAAACCAGUCAGAGAAGACGACAUCGGCCCUCAGGUCCAACAUAUCUAUGAGUUGCACAACAAAGGCCCCAGUUCGUUGAGCGGUACAGUGUUGGAGGUGGGCUGGCCCAGUCGCCAUCGAGAGGAACAUCUGCUCUACGCCAUGCAAAUCAUCACUGAUGGACCAAUCCAUUGCCACGCCAACGGCACCCUCAACCCGUUGGAGCUGGAGACCUCCACUCUACAGGACACUCCAGAGCUUUUGGGUUUUCUGCGGAACAGCAGCAGCCCCACCCGUCGCAGACGAUCUGUCACCAGCACACAGAGCUACAGCAGCAAAACACUGAAUUGCUCCAAUAUCCAUUGCCUGAUGCUGAAAUGCAUUGUGGGUCGUUUGGAUCAAGGACAGAGUGCGGUGGUCAAAGUGCGGUCAAGGCUCUGGGCUCACACCUUUUUACAGAGGCGGAAUGACCACUACCUUCUGAACUCAACCGUGUCCUUCCAAGUAACGGGCAUGCCGUAUCGCAUCAAGCCGCACACACUUCCCCAGCAGAGUAAUUCGAUCGGUACCUUUGUGGUGUGGGCAAUUCCUGAUGUGUCCUUUGCCAUUCCCCUGUGGGUGAUUAUUCUGGCUAUUCUACUGGGACUGCUGGUGCUGGCUAUACUAACCCUUGCUAUGUGGAAGUGCGGGUUCUUCGAUCGAGCACGGCCUCCCAAAGACGACGAUGUUUCAGACCGGGAGCAGCUCACGGCCGAGAAAUCCACAGAGGCGUGAGAGCGAGAGAGGAGAAUGAACGCUAAUGACAGACCAAUGAAGGCAGUGCUGGGGAGCUUUGUUGGAGGGUUUCGAUAAAGAGACCUGAAUGAGCCUUUUGACCCUCUGAGCAAACUACAACUCCCACAAUGCACUGGGAUCUGUGAGCUGGACCACAGUGCCAUUCACGCGAAACUUUAUCUAAGGCAGGCUGAGGCGCCUUCGUCAAAUCUCUCCACUUCAGCAGGACUGCAUUAUCAGGCGGAUCUAAGAGAGAAGGAUCCGGACCCUUUUGCGUCACAUUCGCCAAAGACAAUCAUCAUAUGUACCAAAGCUGGCCAAUGUAAAUCCAGUGCUGCUGGGAAAAGAGGAUAAGUGGAAUUGUUUCAGAAUUUCUGCGUAAAUCAAUCGUGAGAUGUUAAGUCAUUCAGAGAGGUUUGACACAUAAAAGCUCAUUGUAGAGAAUCUGAGCUACAGUGGUGGUAAUGGGAACCAAGGGUCACGAUGUCUGCAACACAAAUAUAGCCAUUUUAUUAAUCCAAAAAGACAGUGAAUCUACAUCAUCAUU